CAGCAGCAACAGCACCAGCAGCAGGAGCAACAGCAAUUGCUGCAAGAUAUGCAAUGCGAACCGCUGUUUGGCACCACCACAAACACAACAACAACAACAAAUCCCAUGAUGGACACUAGCAACAAUGCAAUACCAUUGCCGGCACCGCCCGGGAUGGGCAUCGUGGCACCAGUCUCUUCAGUCGCUUUACCAUCACCCGCACAAUCAACGCAACUCGAGGGCCUUGGGUCGUCUCUGCCAACAAAUGACUAUGAUAUCGACUCUCUGCUGUUGCAGCAAUUCAGCUGCAUGGGCACCACAGAUCACGAGGAUCUGAUCAGUCAGUUCCAGAGCCUCAUGAACAAUCAAAUGAAUCGCGACUCGGCUCGUUUCUACUUGGAAAUGAGUAACUGGAACUUGCAAACUGCCGUCGGUUGUUACCUGGACUUCUGUAGUCUGCAAUCAUUGCCUUCGAUGAAGAUUGUGCAGAGCCAGCAUGUGAACGCACUGCAGCAGGCCUUUCAGUUGCAGAACGACGGUACCGAACGCUGGCCCAAUGGCUGUUAUUUAACAUCACCGAUACAGACGCAACGCAUCAAUGUGCCGUCCCUGCGUCCCGGAGAAACUUGUGAUAUAUUGGCUGACCUGAUGCCCACACAGCCGGCCAUCAUGUGGCGCUUGUGUACGCCCAACGGUUGGUACUUUGGCGAUACCAUUUGGAUGAUACCGCCCGGCACGCAGGCCAGCGAGCUAGAUGAGCUACAGCAACGCAUGGUGCAGCUAAUCACCUCGGACGCAAAGCCAGAGGUUUAUCCACAGAUCAAAAUAGUGAUAACAGCGCAUACGCAAUGAGAGGCGUUCCCAUUUUCAUGAUUUUUCUAAAUUCAACAUGUUGCGUUUCAUGAAUUCGUUAAUUCGUAACUUAGAUUAUUUACAUUUGGCUAGCUACAAUUCGGCAAUCUAUUCGA